UCCGGACUUCUCUGGGGCCAGCAGCCGCCCGACUAGGGGCCCGGGGCCGCGGGCUCUGCCGACGACCAUGGGCUCCGUGUCCAACCAGCAGUUUGCAGGUGGCUGCACCAAGGCGGCGGAGAAGGCGCCCGAGGAGGCGCCGGAGGACGCGGCCCGGGCGGCGGACGAGCCGCAGCUGCUGCACGGGGCCGGCAUCUGUAAGUGGUUCAACGUGCGCAUGGGGUUCGGCUUCCUGUCCAUGACCGCCCGCGCCGGGGUCGCGCUCGACCCCCCGGUGGACGUCUUUGUGCACCAGAGUAAGCUGCACAUGGAGGGCUUCCGGAGCCUGAAGGAGGGUGAAGCAGUGGAAUUCACCUUCAAGAAGUCCGCCAAGGGCCUGGAAUCCAUCCGUGUCACCGGGCCUGGUGGGGUGUUCUGUAUUGGCAGUGAGAGGCGGCCAAAGGGGAAGAGCAUGCAAAAGCGCAGAUCUAAAGGAGACAGGUGCUACAACUGUGGAGGUCUAGACCAUCAUGCCAAGGAGUGCAAGCUGCCACCCCAACCCAAGAAGUGCCACUUCUGCCAGAGCAUCAGCCAUAUGGUGGCCUCGUGCCCCCUGAAGGCCCAGCAGGCCCCCAGCGCCCAGGGAAAGCCAGCCUACUUCCGGGACGAUGAAGAGGAGAUCCACAGCCCUGCCAUGCUCCCUGAGGCCCAGAAUUGAGCCACAGGGGGUGGGGGCUGGUUUUUUGGCUAUCAGGAAGUUUCAAGGAGCAGGCAUCAACUGCAGAGUGGAGAAAGUGGGGACAGGGUGGGUUGGGGGGAGCUGGCAUUGCCACGUAUCCCAGGCUGGGGUUCACAGCAUCACCCCUUUUUCCCUUAUGCCGGGAG